GCUGGCAGUCUAAAAGGAAGAGCUGGAGGCUUCGGAACGGUUGGGGGACCGGUGGAGAUUGUCAACAGCUCCACCGUCAGCAUUCAGCAUGCCAAAGCUGCGCUCACUGGUGGAGGUCUCUUCUCCUUCGAUGACCUUGUAAUUGCUGAGAUGUCGAAUCUGAGCAUGUCCAAUGUUUCCGCAGGUGCAGGUGGAGGUUUCUACGCGCAAAAAGCUUUGCGGGUCAAUCAUUCCACCGUCAGCAUUCAGCAUGCCACAGCUGCUGGUGGAGUUUUGUUCAAUGCCUUGAAAACCUUGGAAGGUUCAGGUGGAGGUUUCUUAGUGGGUAAAUCCGUUCAGAUUGUCAAUAGCUCCACCGUCAGCAUUCAGCAUGCCAGAAAAUGGUGGAGGUUUCGCAGCCCUCAGUGACGUUGUAAUUGCUGAGAUGUCCAAGGUGAGUCUUUCCAAUGUGUCUGCAAAUGAAGGCGGAGGCUUCCAUGUAGACGGGCGCUUGCAGGUGAUCAACAGCUCCACCCUCAGCGUUCAGAAUGCCAGAGCCGGAAUAUCUGGUGGGGGAUUUCUUGCUCAAAAAGAUGUUAACAUUACAGGGAUGUCGAAGGUAGAGAUUUCAGACAGCCAAGCGGUCUUCGGACAUGGCGGAGGCUUUGUGCCUGCUAAAGGUUUGCAGUUGACGGAGGGAUCGGCAAUUUUCAUUGAGAACGCAACAGCCGGAGGAAAAGGAGGAGCUGCAUAUUCAGAAGGCAACGUUGUGAUCAAUAGCUCAAACGUCAGCAUUCAGAAUGCCACGGCUGGUACGCAUGGUGGCGGUUUUCAUUUUGGCGGCCUGAACAUGUACAAUGGUUUCAUGGUCAUCAACAAUUCCCAAGCCAAGCAGACAAGCAGUGGAGGUUUCGUGGACAACCGAGCACUUCUUACGUCUCAGUCCCAGUUGGUGGUACGUCACGCCAAAGGAAAUAACUCAGCAGUGUUGACAGCAGACUGCUUGCACAUCCACCCCGGGUCUGCCUUUCUCAUGGACAAUGUCAAGGGAGGCCAUGCAGUGAUGUUGCAGAACAAUGACUGCUCAAGUGACGGUGAGUGCUCAAAGAGAACUCUUCAAGUGAAAAGCGGUGGAGCUUUGAACGCAACAGGUCACUUGAGUUUGGCGUUUCUGUCCGUUGCAGCCUGCCCUAAUGAAACGGUGCACCUCUCUGGUAUCUCAUGGUCCAGUCACAGUCCAUUGCUCCGCCAUCAGCGCCAGCCUGUGGAGAUAGACGACGUCAGCAUCCACUACCAGCCACCGCUCCAGAACUUGCUCAUCAAUUGUGAGGCUGGCUUCAAGAUCAACUCUUUGGUCGCUACCUGUACAGCUUGCGCGCAGGGUGUCACAUUGAACGCGACGAAUCACAUGCUGCAAGCCUUAAGCCCAAAAGAUCGGCAGUGCCCCAGCAAAGUCACAGUGUCGAGGGACAAAACCUCGCCUUGUGAUUGUCCCACACACCAGAUCAUAAAAGCGAACUUCCGUGGAAACGAGUCUGUGGCUUUGAAAGACCUUUUUGCAACCUGUCAGUCCUGUCACAACCACUCAUACUAUGACAAUGGCACUUGUCGCAAGUGCGGAGUCCUUUGGGCUUGGUCUGAUGGGAAGUCUGACAAGUGCCAUUGGUUGCCGCGCGAGAAUUGGCAGCUAGCAUGCUUGUUGAUGGGUGGAGCCAUCAUAGUGUUUCUGGCCUUUGUCCUCUUUGAGAUCUUGAUAUCUCCACUGGUAGUUGUGGAUGCAACCUCAGACCCUUUGGAGAUAGCCAGCGAGAAGGUGUUUACCAUCACCGCGCAAGGUCCCAUUGUGGGUCUUCCCACAUACCUUUCUCGCAUUGUGCACUGGCUAGUUUCAUAUCGCGUAGAAGGCACAAGUUUGCAGUGGUUGGACUUUGACAAGAAAUCCAAGAACACAGUCAAGGUUCGCAGCAUUGGGAAUGGAAAACUUCAGCUCCAGGAUGUGUAUGUGCCCUUUGAUUGUGCUGCAUGCAAGGGUGUCAUGCAUGCCACCAAGACUUUCCCAUUGUUUGCCGUGCUCGCCGUAUUUAUAUCAGUGGUUGUGUUGGUGCCUGUCACCUGGGUGGUUGCAGCGAUGUCCGAGAAUGGCUUUGGACAUGUCCUUGUUACUGCCUUCUAUUGUCUCCUUCCAACGGCGGUUGCAGCCGCGGUGCUUCACUUGCCGGUGGCGUGUCUUGUUGGCUGGUUCUAUCGCAGAACACCAUUCUCGGCGGCUUUGAACGAAUACCACAAGCAUAUCCAAUGCAAACCACAUUUGGGCCGGGAUGCCACUCAUCCUCGCAAUCAGGGCUUGAUGGCCCUUACCUUGCAGGAUUUGGGGAAACACUUCGAACGUUUCAUCCUUGAGCGGAACAUGCACUUCGUCGUCGCCAAUAUCGUAAGGCCUUUGGCGUGCAACAAACGGGAAUCCUUUGUGACGCUGUGGGGUGGCCGGCAAGUGGACUACUUUGUGUCGCACUCCUGGGGGACGAGCUUCUCGCACUUUGUGCGUUCCAUCCGGAGUCAUGCCAUGUCCAAGGGAGGACAGACAUGGACUGAUGCCACCUAUUGGAUUUGCUCCUUCGCCAACAACCAAUGGGACAUUGAAGCUGAACUCGGAACUGAUCCAAUGGAUAGCGCCUUCGCGCGUGCUUUGACCGGCGGGAUCAAGGGAGUGGUCAUGGUGUUGGAUCAGCAAGUGCAGCCUCUCACCAGAGUGUGGUGCUUGUUCGAAUUCUUCCUCUCCAGCCGCGAAAAUCUCGAGUUGGAUUUUGGAACGGAUGCGGGUGUAAUUGGAGAUGAUGGAUGCACAUCCUUUGACAUCGCACUGGAAGUGGGCAGAAAGAUCAAGUCUUUGCAAGUCGUGAACUGCGAAACAUCCUCUGAAAAGGACAAGCAGGAUAUCUUCGACUACAUUGUCUCGGAGCUUGGUAGUUUGGAACGGAUGGAUGAGCAAAUCCGUUCAUUGAUGGGCAAUAUGUUGAAGAAGAAUCUCUCAAAUGUAGGACAUGCGACAGAGACUCUCUUGCUCGAACUGGGUCAAAUCUAAUUAAUGUCAAUUGAUGCACGCGAAGUAGCGUCGGCACUUUGGGUGAAUGAUGCUGAAUUUAUGUUGAGUGGAUAGCUUUUCUGGGCAGAGCACAAGAGUUGCAACCCUUUGUGGGAAGCCCUGUUUCAAAGGUUCCAGAUGCAUCAUGUUUCAAUGCAAUGUUGAGUCCGUGCACGCAGAAGGUCGUGGCUUUAAUUCGGCAUCAUUUGCAGCUUCCUCAACUAUAGAAGCGGUUUGACAACUCGGUCAGCAAGCAAGUUCUACAUACAAGCUUCAUCAAGCUUCAGACCAAACAACAAGUGGUGCCUAUGUGGCUGUGGAUAUCUGUGGAUGGCUGUAGGUCGGUAAAAUCCUGAAGCCCUUUUUGACCGGUAUUCUAUUCUGUGCAUCCACCGAGUGAUGGGAAAAACCUCCACAGCCCAGCAUUGCUUGUGGGUUCGCAGGUGAAUCCCAGUUUUGACACAUGUCCCGAGCCACCUGUGCCAAUGGGUUGAGUGGUUGAGCAAUCUGCUUAAAUUCGAUUGAGUCAGGAAGAUCAAGCUAUAGCAAUGAGAAAUCAAAAGGCGUUGACGAACUGCCAGCAUGUGGCAGGGUUUCAGGCUAUUGAUUUUGGUCAUUUCGCCCAAUUCGCCAGAAACAUCAGACGCUGGACAUGCUGAGGUCCAGUUGUGAGCUUCAGGCGAAGCAUUGAGCUGGCAGGAAGUUGAUGUCUAGAGGCAACUUCAUCUUUGAAGACACGGACACGAGGUUAAGUGCUGGUACUGAAGCAUAGGCAUGCUUGGGAAGAGGCGUGUUUAUUACCAGGGAGCUUCUUCGCAGCUCAUGAGCUGGGUGAAGACUCGAGUGGUGACG